GCCGGUGUGCUGCUUUGCGGACAUCGAUUCCCAUUGUUAGGGCAGAGAGACGUGUUCCUUGUCAAUAUAUCCCUAAUCUUUGGUUUACCCUCUGAUCAUAUCUGCUGUGGAUUUUCUUUUUUCAAUAGUUAAAUGACUAGACAGACUGGACCAUCGUAGAAUUGUGUGCAAAAAGAUGGGCAGUCUUCGACAGAUGGGUAGAGGCACGCAGAUACUUGUCCUAGCUAUUUUCUGUCUGUCAGCAUCAGUGAUGUACUCCUUCAUAUUCCACUAUAGCGCAACAGAGGAAGACUCAGAUCAAUUAGUUCCUCAGCAAAUAAGAGCCUUACCAUCCAGCAGUCCCAGACAACCCAAUUGCACCUGUCAGGGAAGCGGAGUGUUUGUCCUGAAAGAUCAUAUUCCAAAAGACCAGUAUGAUGACAUAGUCAAACGAAGAGCUGAGGAGUACAGGAAGCAUCAUAUCAGGACAAGCUCCAGUCUGAACAGGCUUAUCUUUGCUCCAUCCAACUCCCCUCUUCAGUAUCCAAUCCAGGGGUUCACUGUUGUCCCACUUCGGAAGACAUUGAUACCAGGUUUAGCUCUCCAUGCAGCAAAAAGACAAAAUUACAAGGUGACUCUGAGUGUGUCCAGUGGUGUCCUGGCCAUCGAGACCCUUGGAGAGGGGGACAAAGAGGGACAGAAAGAGAUCACUGUCCAGUCUACCAGCCUAUCUGACCUCAACAAUCUUCUGGGACAAAUUACCUACACCAGCACUGUGUACCGAAUGAGGACUGGAGAUCUGGCUCACUUCACGUUUGAACACCAUGAGGCUGUCUUCCCCAUUGUCAUCCAGCAGACAUCAGUGCCUGUUUUAUAUGACAUAGGAAAUGAUAUCAACUCCCGGGUGACCAUCGUCACCAAGACGUUUUUGAGAUACACCGAGCUGCAGGCCCUCAUCAGUAGCAUAAGGACCUAUUACAAGGACAUCAAAAUCAUCAUCGCCGACGACAGCCUGGAGCCACAGAAAGUGAACGGCUCCAACAUUGAGCAGUACAUCAUGCCCCCAGCACAGGGCUGGUUUGCUGGCAGGAACCUGGCUGUCUCUCAGGUCACUACCAAAUACUUCCUCUGGGUCGAUGACGACUUCCUGUUCACAGACAAAACCAAGAUUGAGAAUCUGGUGGAGGUGAUGGAGGCCACACCAGAACUAGAUGUGGUGGGCGGCUCUGUGGCGGGUCACGGCCAGUUCUACUUCUCUUUGGUGUACGAGGAUGGUAAUGGGGAGGACGGGGGUUGUCUGAACAGAAAGGGUGCAGUGACAUACCAACCUGUUCCAGGCUUCCCCACUUGCUCCUUUACCAGCGGGGUGGUCAAUUUAUUCCUUGGUCGCACAGAUGCUGUGCGCAAAGUGGGCUUUGACCCCCGACUGAAGAGAGUGGCGCAUUCAGAGUUCUUCAUGGAUGGGUUGGGCAGUUUGCUGGUUGCCAGCUGUAGUCAUGUCAGCAUCGACCACCAACCCAAAAUUGAAAACGCAAAGUACUCGUCGUUCCGAAAUCAACAAUCAAAAGACAUAGAAGACAAACUAGCCAACCACUUCUUCAAGAACCACCUGAAAUGUAUCCAUUAUGGAUAGUUUACAAAGAAGUAAACAGUGAAAAUAGUGGCGCAAUAGUGAGGUGCAAUAGUCAAAUAUGUAGUCGCGGCAUCCCAUCUGAAGUGGCGCAGUUCUCUUCAAAAAAUGUAAAGCCACAGGGAUUUCCAGGAAGCAAAUGAGUAUGAGGCGAUCGUCGGGUUGGAAAAUUUAACCCAUAUGGCUUUCACUCCUAUCAAUCACACCAUUAAAACAAUCAGGCGCAUCACAAAGAAUGACAUCGAUGGUUUUGUCAUUAUAGCCCAAACAUGAAGGACACAAUACACCUUGAAUUGGUAUCUUUUUUUGACUGUUUAUGAUAAAAUAAUGUUUUCACAGAGUCACAUUUAGAGCUGUCUAAAAACUGUGUUGCUCUAGGUACUUUCUCUACUGAGUUCUGUGGUCACAGGAGUGACAGAGAGAAUAUAGUAGACUGUUGCUGUCAAAAAGUGAUUGAGUUAUUCCGGUAUCCUGUGUUAAUGCCCUUUUUUAGGACAUCCUGUUUGGAUGUGCUCACGCUAUUUCGAGUGUGCUUAUGUAAAUUGAUAGUGAAGCUGUCUCUUUGAAGUAAAGCACAUGCUUGAAAUAAAAUGUAAUGGCCUGGUGAUUGAUGUGUGUGUGUGUGUGUGGUGUAGAGACCUUUUAAAGAAAAAGUGUUUGAAAUUUGGAAACCGGUUUUGUAGUGAACUUAUGAAGCUCCUGUGUAGUGAGCUUGUGACCCCUUGUAGAAUGAAAAAGUAAUUUCCGGGUAGGUCUGCCUGAGUAUAAGUAAGUGCUAGACUUGUCAUGUGAUCACUACGAGCGACAAGAAACCUCAAAAGAGAGAAACUACAGAAAACAUGUAUCCUAGACCAAUUCUAGGUGUAUUGUCAUGUCUGGGCCACAAUGACAAAACCAUUGAUGCCAUUCUUUGUGAUGCACCUAAUUGGGGAGGGGGGUCUUGAUUGCAUUGGGAGGUGUCAGGUUACAAGCUAUGGGUUUACAAGCAGAGGAAAAUACUCAAGGACUUUUUUUCUAAUAAAAAAUACAUUUUAAAACAGUCUUUACAACAAAAAUAAUUAUACUUUACCGUUCAAAAAUUUGGGGUCACUUAGAAAUGUCCUUGUUUUUGAAAGA